AUGACUGCUACAACAACUCCCUCCACACUUCUCAAUCCACAAUUUCUUCACAAGAAUAUUAGGCACAAUAACAUUUGGAUUUUCACCAACAAGACUCAGUUUUCUAUUCAUACAACACAAUUUCGCUUCUCUCACAUUGUACCUAUACAUGCAACCUUAAAGGGUUCGAAGGGAUUUGGAGCUUCUCCAAAGAAAAAGACUAAAACAGUUAAGAAUCUCAAAAAGAAGAAAGAAGAGGAUAAUAGAGAAGAAGAAGAAGAAGAAGAAGAAGAGAGAGAUGGAGUGAUUCCUGAAAUAGUGACCAACAGAAUGAUAGGUAGAAUGGGAUUUUCUGUGGGGAUUCCAUUGAGUAUUGGCCUUUUGUUUUUUCCAUUUUUUUACUAUCUUAAAGUUGGUUUGAAAAUUGAUGUACCAACUUGGGUUCCUUUCAUUGUGUCUUUCAUCUUUUUUGGGACUGCUCUUUUGGGUGUGAGUUAUGGGAUUGUGUCUGCUAGUUGGGAUCCUUUGAGGGAAGGGUCGCUUUUGGGAUGGACUGAAGCACAAAAGAAUUGGCCUGUUUUUUGGCAAUCACUUAGAGGUGAUUCUAGAAAGGAUUAG